AUGGCUGGGCGUAGGGGUCGUCGCGUUGACAACGCUGUUCCCGACGGGUCUUUUGAGAGGCUGGGUGUAAUCGACGCCACCGACAUCGACAAGUUGCGCACCGAUUGCUACCGUCAAAUCCGGCACGCGGUGCGAACGACCAAACAACUGCUGAGAGAUCUUGCUGAGGUCAAGCCACUGACUUCGGAGGAAAGAGACCAGAAAAAGGCGGUCAAUCACCAGCUCUGUCGCGUCCAGCGUAAACUCGGCAAGGCGACCGGCCUCAUCAACCUCGAUGUCGCCAGGAUUUUGGACCCUCGUACCACCCGUCAGCAACUCGAGCACGACAACCGUCUCCGUGACCGCGAGGAGGCCCGCCGCCAGCGUAACCUAGCUACUGUAAGGGAGCUGAUUAACUCGUCUAGCGAGCAGUAA